CUGCUCUGCUCCAUGCUUCCAUGAAUCCAUCACUCUGUGCUCCAGACCUCUUGUUUGGAUUUCUUGGUUCCUCCUCGUUGAUCUCGCUGGGCUUCUAAGAAAGAGAGAGAGAGAAGAGAGGAUGACGCUGUUCCAUUUCUUCAAUUGCGCAAUUCUCACAUUCGGCCCCCACGCUGUUUACUAUUCCGCGACGCCCUUAUCCGAGUAUGAUACGCUUGGUACCUCUGUUAAAGCAGCUCUUGUCUAUCUGGGAACAGCUUUAGUAAAGCUUGUUUGCCUGGCAACCUUCCUAAAGGUAUCAGAGAAUGAUAGCUUUGAUCCAUAUCAGGAACUGCUGAAAGCUCUAAUUGGUUUUAUAGAUGUUGCUGGGCUUUACUUUGCCCUGACUCAGUUGACUCACAGGAACAUUUCUCAGAAUCAUAAAUUCCAAGCUGUUGGACUUGGUUGGGCUUUUGCUGAUUCUGUUCUUCAUAGAUUGGCACCUCUUUGGGUGGGCGCUAGAGGACUAGAAUUCACAUGGGAUUACAUUUUGCAAGGCAUUGAAGCAAAUGCAAAUCUGGUAUUGAGUAUAUCCCUAGCUGCAUUGGGUUCUUUGAUUUGGCUCCGGAAAAACAAACCCAAGACUCUGAUCCCCAUAAUAUAUGCAUGUGCAGCAAUUGUGGCAACAAUGCCAUCUAUCACAAGCUAUCUGAGGAGAAGUUUAGGCUGGCACUUACCAAAGGUGGUAGGCUUUGAACUGUUCACCUCACUAGUGAUGGCUUUGAUUAGCUGGCAGCUCUUUGCUGCAUGCCAGAGACCCUCUUCCUAAGGUGGCCUUCAUUACUCCGGAUACUGUAGACUGACUAUACGGCAAGCAAACUCAAAGCCCUAAACAUACAGCUUAAAUUUUCUUGACGGGACACUGUCUCAAUUAUAUAUUCCCAUUAACGCGGCUUCGCUUUUUUAUUUGAAUUUCACAUCAUCUUGAAUGUGGUCUCUAGGAAUUUGUUUAAUCGAUUUUUCUCAUUAGACCCUCUGAGUACAUGUUUUCAGAUAAAGAUUUAUUUUUCUGCAACCUCGAUAAAAUCUGUUCAGAUGGAGGUUCAUCAAGAUUUUGGAAGGAAAAAUAAAAAUUUUUGGUAAGUA